AGUAAAACGUAGAUUUACACACACAUAAAUGUAUAUGUGUGUAUGGAUGUAUAUUAAUAUACAUACGUUUACGUGAAUAAAUCUGCAAUCAUUAGUGCUCGAUCUAUAUUUGAAGAAGCAGUAAAAAAUCCAACGGAUAAUGUUAUUAGUAAUGGCUUAAUGGAAUCGUUCGGGAACCUCGGACGACUUGGGUAAAAUCCAUAGGUCCUACCUACUAGUACAACCUGUUGCCAUUCUCUCAGAAAAAGGAUACUUGAGAAGUGACAAAUUACAAUUAGACAAUAAAAGAAAUGAGGUUAGUAAGAGGUCUCCUUGAAUGUUUGGCAUUUCUACAGCUGCUGAUCCAAAAUCAGGGCGGCUUGGUGCAGGAGGCAAAACGACAAAUACGAUCCCAGUUUCGGAAUGAUAUUGAUUAUCCAAGAUAUUACGGAUCGGACUGGGACAAUGGACAGCGAGUGCAUCGCAUCCAGGUAUCUCACCCGCAGCACCGGUGGAGAGGACGUCGACGCUCUAUUAACCACCAUCAUCCUUUCAGCCGUUGGACACAGUGGACAACAUGCAGCGAGAAUUGCAUUAUGCUCCGUGAGCGCUUCUGCAAGGCCAAGCGGCAAUGUGGUCACACCAAGCAUGUGGAGCAGCGCAAGUGUUUGAGCUGCAUUCCCUCUCACGAAAAGCGCGUGCCUUUCCAAGAGAUUUCAGUAAAAGAAAGCCAUCAUCAGAUUUAUCCAAGUCAACCUGCAAUCAUUAUAAAUGCCGCAGCCGCUGCUGCGAACGGAUCUCCACUUGGCCCACAGCCACAUCCGACUGAAUUCAAAAACUUUCCAGCAUUACAUCGCUUUUCUGAGGAGUUUCCGUACUCUGUAGAGAAAGUGCCUCAGAGACUGCAACGCUGGCGGCCAUCAAAUGAUUUCAGCAUAGAGGAUGAAUAUGAGAUGCCCAUACAUGGUGAGCAUGAGGACUUCUUCGUAUUAAAGCGUCACAGACGCAGGCAAAAGCCAAGGCCAAGUUCGUAUAAGUCAAGGGUAAAGCCCAAGCCGAACUACGUAGAUGAUGAUUUUGAAGACUACGGGGAGAGUCACAGCUAUCUUAAGCAACGAAGUCUCGGCACUAGUGCUGAAAGUUCUAGCAUUGAUGGCGACAUCUUUCAGUACGAGGACUUUAAAAUCGAUCAGAAUAGCCAAUAUGUGGACUCAGAUGAUUCCUUCGAACACCAAAAGACCGGCAAUGCCAGCUGGCUAUCGCUUAGCAAGGAGCGAAAUACGCCGGAUGGGCUACUGCCGCGUUAUCGCCGAGUCUACUCGAAAUGGAGUCGCUGGACCAAAUGCUCACCGAAGUGCACUACACGGCGGUAUAAAAAGUGUCGUAUAAACGAGCAGUGUGGUCGUGAGGUACUUCGCGAGAUCGCGUACUGUUAUACGGAGGGCAGUUUCUGUCAGCAGUGGCUGCAUACUCAGGUCCAAAAGGCACCGGCUUAUGAGUCGAGACCGGAAGCGGCGUCUUCUACAGCUAUGCGACGUAUGCACACAGGUAAUAUGAAUGCGAACGUAAUUAUGAGCGGAAAGGGAUACCGUGGACCCGAGUACUCCCCGCCGAAAAUUCAAUGUGGCCUAACCCGCAGCGCUGGGCAGCGCAGCAUGUAUAAUAUGCUGAAGAUCAUUGGUGGCAAGGCCGCACGCAAGGGCGAGUGGCCAUGGCAAGUGGCAAUCUUCAAUCGUUUCAAGGAGGCAUUUUGCGGCGGAACAUUAAUAGCUCCACUUUGGGUCCUGACUGCUGCGCAUUGCGUGCGUAAGGUACUCUACGUGCGCUUUGGUGAACACAACUUGGACUAUGAAGACGGUACCGAGGUGCAGCUACGUGUGCUAAAGAGCUACAAGCAUCCGAACUUUGACAAACGCACUGUAGACAGCGAUGUGGCGUUAUUACGAUUCUAUUUACUUAUCACCGCUAGACUGCCAAAGGCGGUGAAUGCAACAUCUUGGAUCGGUUUUUCCUGUCUACCGCGACCUUUCCAGCCGUUGCCAAAGAAUGUAGACUGCACGGUUAUCGGGUGGGGAAAGAGACGUAACCGGGAUAUGGUUGGCACCAGCGUAUUGCACCAGGCAGACGUGCCCAUAAUACCGAUGGAGAAUUGCCGUAGUGUGUACCACGACUAUACAAUUACAAAGAACAUGUUCUGUGCAGGGCACCACCGUGGCCGCAUCGAUACUUGUGCUGGCGACUCGGGCGGUCCGCUGUUAUGUCGUGACACCACCAAAGCAAAUCAUCCUUGGACCAUUUUUGGUAUUACUUCUUUUGGUGACGGUUGCGCGAAACGAAACAAAUUCGGAAUUUACGCAAAAGUGCCCAACUACGUUGAUUGGGUUUGGUCGGUCGUGAAUUGCAAUGGCAACUGCAAACUGCACUAGGUGUCAAAUGCUGAUUAAUGGCUAUUGCUGCCUAAAAAAUUAUUAUGUGUGCCAAUUUGAACAUCUGAACAGAGUUAGCUGACUUUAAGCCGCAACACCACUAGCUUCGAGGAAUGGCCACUCUUAGUACACUUAUCUUAGGUUAACAAUGUAGAGGCUGUGAAAUACUAUUAUAAAAAUUAAGUAAUAUUAGCCGCUUUGAAUUCCGAGCUUGGGCAACUCAACAUGUUAAUACAGCACUGAAAGAUGUAUUUUCUGCAUGCAACAUCUAGAUACUUAACUUACUUGCGUUACUUGUUACCCAAAUAAUAUAUAUGUAUGUACUUUAACCUAAUAGAUAAUCUCAUAUUAAAUAAACCAACUAUUACAAAUUUGGGUCCAACUCAACUACUUGAGCGAAGUGUAUAUGUAAAACUAUAAUGGGCUUACAUUAAUAAAAUAAAAAAUAACAAGUAUUGAACUAGUUUUU